UAAAUCAGUAAGUGCAGACAAUGUUAGGGAUGUCUUGGGGGCUUAGCUAUUAUUUUUUAUGAAUUACAGUUUGGCUUGACAGCUGUCCUUGUGUUGACAGCUCUUCUGAUUAUAGCAGUUGUCAAACUCCAUCCUUAAGCAGGUUGUAAAUCCUGGCUUCUUCCGAUUAAAACUGGGUCAGAGCCAAUGGCAGGUUAACUAGAGGCCAGUAUUCUACUACUGUAUGUCCUCACUAGUUCAUCUUAAAUGGGUUUUGCAAAGCACUGUUCUAAAACCCAUAUUUGCCUCUGUUUAACUUUGGUGUUUUUUAAUCUUCACAUACCGGUCCUCCUGUUGUUUUGUGAUUAAACAUGGUUCUUGGUGAAGAGUAUAUUAGUGUAAGUGUGGUCUUCCUUGUAAAUGGCCUGUUAGCCUUCCCCUCCUCUCCCUCCACUGGGAAUACUAACAUCAUUGCGUCUGUGUCUCCCAGGGGAAAUCAAGGCUUUUCCUUGCACGUGCAGUCAUGUGAUUUCAGAGUGGGCAGGCUUUGUAUCCUCAUGAGCCCUCGGUCUUCCACGUAAAGCACCAUCUGUUCUGUUCCUUCCACACUGUUACAGGGCAGUGGGAGGAGGCAUUAGAGUGAAAAUAAAUAAAAUAAAAAAGGAAAGAAAUUCAUCAUCAAAACCCUGAGGAUUAAUGGAGUCAGAAGGCUCACUGCUCUGAAUGAAAAUUCAUCUUCACCUGUGCCAGUGUCAGGGCUGCCUCUAUGGCACUUGACAAAUAGAGGUUCCCAGGGUACCAUAAAUUCAGCAACCGUUCUAAUCCCUGUAGACUUGCUCAAGCUUUUCCGAGACAGGCUUAUGACUGUUUUUGUAUUUCCCAGCACAUUGUGGGCACCAAUAUAUCCCCUCAUUAAUUUGGUAAAAUGUUAGCACCCUUCCCCUCUCUCAUCUUCUUUGCCUUUGUCCAUUUUGAGGGGAUGGGAAGCUCACACAUUUCUGAAAGAUGACUCUGCUUUGUGAAUUGUUCUUUACUUGAAGAUGCCAAAGGCGGAGAAUCAAUUAACUAAUGAAUUUUGAGCAAAUACCAAGUUCCCAGCACUGUGCUAGAUGGAGAAGAGAAUAUAACAAAGCACGUAAUCAAGUAGCUCACCAACUAAGUGGGGGUACAAACCGUAUUUUUUUAAACUAUUGUUGGGCACCUAUAUUUGCCAGUUGGCUCUGUGCAAAACAAAGGUAAUUGAUGAUUACCAAAUCAACGGUGCAUCUCCAAGAAGUGUGUGUCUUCCUCCUACAAGGAUAAGGCUCACCUGUAUGGUUUCCUCUUGUCUUUUAAACCAGUCUUCCUCUUCCCUUCCCUUUUUUCUAUUACAACUUCCUGAUUGCUUGAUUCCUUGUGCUCAUAUCAGUCUGUCUUUGCAUAAAUCCCAGGCAUUUGUUAAUAAUUAACUCAUUUUCCUUAUGGGCACCAUAUCCCUCACUCUGAAAGACUAUUCUGCAACCCUGAAAUUCCUAAUUUACUCUUUUUUCUUUCCUUUUUUUUUUUAAGUAGGCUCUACACCCAGUGUGGAACUUGAACUCAUGACCCCCAAGAUCAAGAGUCGCGUGCUCUACCUACUGAGCCAGCCAGGUUCCUCCUGAACUUCCUGAUUUAAACCUCACUUUACAGUUAGACUUGAGCUAAAAUUUCACUCACAUUUGUUAGGUUAGGGGAUUAUUAUGUAGCCUGCUUAGCCUUUUCUCAGCUGGUUGGCUGUGGUCUUCUAGAUGUGGAACUUAAAAAUUUAAGCUCUAUUCCUGGGUUAGUACUCAUAUGUUAUAUCCUAUCUUACUGUUGGGAAAGUCGUUUCAUUAUAUGCCAUGUAUGAAAUUAACACUCCUUUGUCUGAGAUGGCCAGCUUAGUGUCUUCAGCCAUAGUACACAUCUACUUAGCCUUGAUCUUCAUGCUUAGGAGCCUUAAGUAUUGGGUUAGAUUUGUGCCAAGUGUAAUCUGACAGAUCGUGGUAGUUAUUAUCCUGUAUUACAGAUUUAUACACUAGGAAAUUUAUUCCUCUGAUCCUGCUUUAAAAGUUCCAAUUUUAAAACCUAACUGUUUCUUAGAAUAAGUGGAGACCGAUAGCUGCGGCAAAAAGGUUAAAUGAUUAUUUCUCAAAAUAUAAAUGUCAUGUAGCUAGUUCUAUACCAGAUAAAUAUCUCUUCUCACAACUACUUGAUACUAGGCAGAGUGUCUUUAACUUCGUUAUAUGUUAUAAGAGACUGCCUUCCAUUGGAAUCCAAUCUGGUGUACAGUGAUUCAUGGUAAAACCAUUGGAAAUGUAAAACUAAAAUCUUCAUUAUAUUAUUUGAGGGACAUCACUUUAAAUUCUUGAAGGGAUAUUGUAUUCCUACAUACUUUCUGUUGAAUCCUGGGCUUGGUGGGAUAUUCUGUCUCUGCCUUCCUCCCUGUCUGUGGCAUACCAUAACAAAAUACAAUCUCAGCCCAUUAAUACCUGUCCCAGGACUGGUCUAGGCAGUUCUUGCCUUUUUCUCCCUUUUCUCCUACUCUCUAUGUAUUAUUCAUUCAUCCAUCAAAUGUUAAUUUAACAUUUAUAAUCCUGGUAGCUUUCUAAGAAAUCCCACACCACUGAAGACAGAGAUAGGGUUCUCAAAUGGUCUGAUUUUAGCUCAGAGUAAAUUCUCCUCUCCAUCUCUAUUCACUUAGCACCACCUCUGAGCUUGUGUUAUUAUGUAGAGAUUGGUGCCCAAGUGAAGCUGUCCCAAGGAUAUAACUCAUCACAACCUGGUUUUGGCUGUUGGCUGUAUGCCAUCAAACAGCACAUAGCAGGGGGGCCAGAGCUGGAAACACCCACCAGCAGAGGAAAGAGUCAAGGAGCCAGAGAAACGAUCUGAGUAACAAUAAAGAGCAAAGGAAGGCAUAUCACUACUAAAUCACCAAACUCCUAUAGAGUUCUACUUCCACUUAAGAUAUAGAAAACCAUAAGAGAACAAUGCUCCCAUCCUAACAAGAAGAAAAGGAUAGAUAAUCUACAAGAUUGUUAAUUUCUUGAACCCAUCAGAUAGCAGAGGUUGCAUGGCAGCAAAGUAAACUGGAUUCCAAAGGAUGACAGUCCCCCACAAGACACACAAACUGUUUCGCCUUCAGUGGAGCACCUAAGGAGGAAGCAGCCAUCAUAAACGCUGGUAAGAAAACAGCUAAAAUCGACAGAUUCUUAAAGUGAGUUAGUCUGACAUUCUAGAGUAACAGGGAGCCUCAGACCCAAGAGGAAUCCUCAUUCACAUGCUCUUUGCCAUAAACUGGGAGAACCAUAAGAGGAACUGAGAACAGAGAGAGCCCUUCCCAGUGACACACAGGCAUGAAACCCUGCCAUUUCCCUGGAUUCUUACUUCAUACAAAGCAAAAUGCUUAAGCCCCUCAGGAAGAGCAGAAAACUUUUCUGUCCUCUUCUCUUGUCCCCAGGCUCAGGCAGAUAUCCACUGCUUUUGAAGGAGGAGUAAAAGCAAAAUCUGUCUGCCACUCGGGAAGGACAGGGAACCCUACACUGACACCAAGCAGACAUUUCUCGCCACUGAGGGCAGAGCAUGAAGCUCUCUCCCUCUCCAGAUAGGUUUUCCCUCAUACAAGGUAGAGUUUGGUUGACAUCUGGGGGACAGGGAUGCAGGAACACUGAGAAAUUGCCACCUCUGAGGACCUGCCUAAGACUGAGACCAGCCCAAAAGGACAAAGAGGCCAUGAGGCUUGCCCUGAGUAAUAAGCAAUCGCACUCUUAUUGGUGGAGAAGGAGCAAGAGUGCAGAGAGAAACUCCCUCUGUAGUAGACGUGCAGAGACUGCGGAAAGCUGCGGCGGGACGGGGGUGGGGGGAAAGAAUACUGGCACCCGAGAACACUCAAGAAACAAGGUAACUGCAGCCCACAGAUGGAGGAAUUUUAAACUGUGUGAUGCAUUGAAGUUAUCUGUAGCAGCAACAAAACCCAAACCCAGUUCAGCUGCUGGCCAGAUUGACUCAACACCCAUAUUAACUGUAUGACAGUAGAAGAGGCAUAGCUAUUUCUGGAUGUAAAUAGUGUCCUUCUACAUAUGUUCUGCAGUCAAAACUGAGACAUAGAGUAGCAAGGAAAAAACAACUCAUUAUGUUAAACUAUAAAUUAGUAAUUGGCAGAGCAAGUAGAUAAAAAUUUAGCAAGCAUAUGAAAGAAUUGAACAAUACUAACAACCAACUUGACUUAAUUAAUAUCUGUAGAUCUCUCUAGAACAUCUAUAGAACACUCCACCUAAUAAACAGAAUACAUCAUUUCAAGUACACUUGGAACACUUAUCAAGAUAAACCAUAUUUAGGCCAUAAAACAAACUUCAACAAAUAUUUUAAAGUUUUCCCUGAGACCACCACAGAAUUAAAUUAGAAGUCAUUUACAAACACAUAUCUGGAAAUCUCCCACACACACAAUUGUGCAAAACUUCAACACACUUCUAAAUAACUCAUAGGUCAAAGAAGAAAUUCCAAGGGAAAUUACAAAAUAUUUUGAACUGAAUGAAAAGAAAAACACUCUAUCAGAAUUUUGGGAUGCAGCUACAGUAGUGCUUAGAGGGGAAUUAAGUGCUUUUAUUAGAAAAGAAGAAAGCUCUCAAUGACCCAAGAUUCUACCUUUCAAAAGUUAGAGAAAGAAGAGCAAAUUAAGCCCAAGACAAGCAUGGGCAUAAAAUAAUAAAGAUCAGAGUAGGGGCGCCAGGGUGGCUCAGCCGGUUGAGUGUCCAACUUCAGCUCAGGUCGUGAUUUCACAGCUCGUGAGUUUGAGCCCCGUGUCCAGCUCUGUGCUGACAGCUCAGAGCCUGGAGCCUGCUUUGGAUUCUGUGUCUCCCUCUCUCUCUGCCCCUAACCCACUCGCAUUCUGCCUCUGUCUCUCUCAAAAAUAAAUAAACAUUAAAAAAAAUUUUUUUAAAUCAGAGUAGAAAUUGUGGAAAUAGAAAACCAAAAAUCCAUGAAAUCAUUGAAAAUCUUUGAGAUGGUUAAUAAACCUGGUUGGCCUCUAGCUAGAGCAAUAAAAAAUAAAGUACUAUUUUCAGGAACAAAAAGGAGAUGUCACAAACCAUACAGAUAUUAUGAAGCAAAUAAGGGGACAUUAUGAGCAACUUUAUAGCAAUAAAUUAGAUAACUUGGAGGAAAUGGACACAUUUCUUAAAAGACACAAAGUCAAAAAAGAAAUUAAUAACCUAGAUAGCCCUAUAUCUAUUUAUUAAGGACAUUGAAUUUGUAGCUAAGAACUUUUCCACAACAAAAUUUCCAGGCCCCAGUUGCUUCACUGGUGAAUUAUACUAAAUGUUUAAGGAAGAAGUAAAACUAAUUCUACACAUCAACUCUUUCAGAAAGUAAGAGAAGGAAUACUGUCCAGCUCAUUCUAUUAGGCUGACAUUACCCUAAUACCAAAACCAGAAAAAGACUCUAGAGGAAAAGAAAACUGCAGGCCAAUAUCUCCCAUGAAUAUAAUGUUAUAUUGUAUAUACGAUAUACAAAAAGGAUAAUAAAUCAUACUCAAAUGCCUUUAUCCUAGGAAUGCAAGGUUGGUUCAGCAAUGGAAAAUCAUUGUAUUUCACCAUAUCAACAGAUCAAAACCAAAGCAAAACAUAUGAUUGUUUCCAUAUAUGUAAAAAAAAAAGAAAAAACAGUUGACAAAAUUCAACCUCCCUUCAUGAUUAAAAAAAAAAUGCAGCAAAAUAAGAACAGAAGGGAAUUUUCUCAACCUGAAGUAAUUGAUAGCUAACAUGAUUCUUAAUGGUGAAAGGCAAAAGGCUUUCCUUCUGAUCAGAGCAAGCAAAUAUGCCCACCCUCCCCUUUGAUUCAACAUCAUACUAGAAGUUCUAGUCAGUGCAUUAACCAAAGGAAAGAAGUAAAAAGUAGGUGGGUUUGAAAGGAAGAAAUAAAACAUCCUUUAUUCACAGAUGCCAUGGCCACCUACGUAGAAAACCCCAAAGAAUCUAUUUUUAAAAAAAAUAGAAUUAAUAACUCGAGUUCAGGAGGUCGAGAGGCUCCCCUGCCAUUACCAAAAUGGAGACUUUGUGCUGGGUCCUGUUCUUAGUGCUCAAAUGCCCCAACCUGAAGCUGAAGAAGCCACCCUGGGUACAUAUGCCAUCGGCCAUGAGGGUGUAUGCUCUGGUGGUGGUGUCUUACUUCCCCAUUACCGGAGGAAUAAUUUAUGAUGUUAUUGUUGAACCUCCAAGUGUUAGUUCUAUGACCAGUGAACAUGGACAUCAGAGACCAGUAGCUUUCUUGGCCUACAGAGUAAAUGGACAAUAUAUUAUGGAAGGACUCGCAUCCAGCUUCCUGUUUACAAUGAAUGGGAGGUUUCGGUUUCACAAUCCCGGACCAAUCGAAUGCACCAAACAUUCCAAAACUCAGUAGAUUUCUUCUUCUACUCAUUGGAUUUGUCUGUAUCCUAUUGAGUUUUUUCAUUGCUAGAGUAUUCGUGAGAAUGAAACUGCCAGGCUAUCUGAUGGGUUAAAAUGCCUUAUGAGACAAAAUCUGUAGAUAUUGGAUUUGUUCCUGUUAAUGAAGUUUUAAAGGCUGUACCAAUUCUCUGAUGUGAACUACGGAAAAGAAUGAAGCAGCAGAAAAGAAGCAUCUAGUGAAAACAUAGGAAGCAUGUUAAAGCUUGAACUAGAAUGUCUUCUUGGUAUCAAAGAGACAAGCUUAUCACAAUAUUUUUUCCUGCUGGCCUAUGCCAACGUACAAACGAUGUUAAGUAGCAUUUUCCUCUUAGUUUUUCAUUUCUUAGAGAAAAUAUUCUCCAUUUCUACCACUUUAAUACUGAAUAAAGUGAUAAUUUUUUACAGCUCCCUUAACAUUUUUUGGAGAGGAUAUUUGUGACUCCAAAUUAAUGUAAAAUCAGGAAGUGAGAUACCAUAAGCUGGGAACUCUAGACAGAUGAUCAGCUUUACCUGUGGUGCUUUGCCUUUAAAUAGAGUGUGUGCUCUGGAAAACAGUGUGGAGGUUCCUCAAAAAAUUAAAAAUAGACCUACCCUAUGACCCAGCAGUAGCACUGCUAGGAAUUUACCCAAGGGAUACAGGAGUACUGAUGCAUAGGGGCACUUGUACCCCAGUUUAUAGCAGCAUUCUCAACAAUAGCCAAAUUAUGGAAAGAGCCUAAAUGUCCAUCAACUGAUAAAUGGAUAAAGAAAUCGUGGUUUAUAUACAUAAUGGAGUACUACGUGGCAAUGAGAAAGAAUGAAAUCUGGCCCUUUGUAGCAACGUGGAUGGGACUGGAGAGUGUGAUGCUAAGUGAAAUAAGUUAUACAGAGAAAGACAGAUACCAUAUAUUUUCACUCUUAUGUGGAUCCUGAGAAACUUAACAGAAACCCGUGGGGGAGGGGAAGGAAAAAAAAAAAAGAGGUUAGAGUGGGAGAGAGCCAAAGCAUAAGAGACUCUUAAAAACUGAGAACAAACUGAGGGUUGAUGGGGGGUGGGAGGGAGGGGAGGGUUGGUGAUGGGCAUUGAAGAGGGCAUCUUUUGGGAUGAGCACUGGGUGUUGUAUGGAAACCAAUUUGACAGUAAAUUUCAUAUAUUAAAAUAAAUAAAUAAAUAAAUAAAUAAAUAGAGUGUGUGACAGUAUGUUAUUUCAGAUGUGUCUGCAAGACCAUUUCCUGCACAAUAAGGUGUAUGAAAGGAGUAGAAAUAAUUUUUCUAAGACAAACAAAUUAAUAAAAGAAAAUAAAUUGAGUUCAGCAAGUUUGCAGGAUAGAAAAUCAGUUUACCAAAAAAAAUUCCUAUACACUGGUAAUGAACAGUUGGAAACUGAAAGUUAAAAACACAAGGUCAGUAUACAGAUAUCAGUUGUUUUCCUUUAUACUUGCAAUGAGCCAACUGGAAGUCAGAAUUUUUAAAAAUACAAUUUAUAGUAGCCUCAAAAUUAAAUUCUUAAGGAUAAAUCAAAAUAAAUGGACAGAGAUACUGUUGUUCAUUGAUCAAAAGACUUGAUGUUGUUAAGCUCUCCAUUCUCCUCAAAUUGAUUUAUAUGUACUCCCAAUCAAAAUUCCAGCAGGACUUUCUGAAAAAAUUUACAAGCUGAUUCUAAAAGUUAUAUGGAAAAACAAAGGACCCGGAUGGAGGACACACCCUUACUUCAGGUUACUAUAAAGUUACAGACAUUAAGACAAUGUGGUAUUGGUCAAGAGAUAGGUGUAUAAAUCAGCGAAACUUGGUAGAUAACCCAGAAAUAGACCCAAUUACAAAUGCUUGCUUGGGUGAUCAAUAAAGAGCAGUUGUAGGUUCACAGCAAAAUUGAGGGGAAGGUACAGAGAUUUUCCAUAUACCUCUU